UAAAUACUAAAAUGUGAAUAUCUACAGAUCAAUAUUCACUGACUGAGAGCCAGACUUGAGACACCCCAUAACAAUGAAUGUUCAAGCGGGCCUCUCAAAUGGCAAGAACAGCAGCAGGUUGAAGGACCAGGUCCCUGUCCCUCAGCCCCAGUCAGAGGAGAAGAUGCAGGAGAGGGGCCAAUGGAGCAACAAACUGGAGUUCAUCCUGUCUGUGAUGGGAUCCAUCAUCGGCCUGGGGAACAUGUGGCGCUUUCCUUACCUCUGCUACAAGAACGGAGGAGGUGCAUUUCUCAUCCCCUACCUGAUCUUCCUGUUCACCUGUGGCAUACCUGUGUUCUUCCUGGAGACUGCUCUGGGCCAGUACACCAGCGAGGGAGGCAUCACCUGCUGGAGGAAGAUCAGUCCACUCUUUGAGGGUCUUGGCUAUGGCACCCAGAUCAUUGUGGCUCUGCUGAACUCCUACUACAUUGUGGUUCUGGCUUGGGGAAUCUUCUACCUGUCUUUCUCCUUCUCCUGGGAACUCCCUUGGUCCUCCUGUAACAACACCUGGAAUACAGAAAAUUGCGUGGAGUUUCAGAGGAGGAACGAUUCUGUCAACUUCACCCUGUCCGAAAACUCCACAUCCCCCGUCAUUGAAUUCUGGGAGAGAAGAGCCUUGAGGCUGUCGUCUGGCAUCGACCACAUGGGCUCUCUUAACUGGGACCUGGCCUUCUGUCUGGCCAUCGCCUGGGUCAUGUGUUACUUCUGCAUCUGGAAAGGGGUCAAAUCCACUGGGAAGGUGGUGUACUUCACAGCGACCUUCCCCUACCUGAUGCUAAUAGUUCUGCUGAUUCGUGGCGUCACUUUACCUGGAGCGGACCUAGGGAUCAAGUUCUACCUUUACCCUGACCUGUCAAGACUAGCAGACCCUCAGGUAUGGAUGGAUGCAGGCACCCAGAUCUUCUUCUCCUAUGCAAUCUGUCUAGGCUCCCUCAUAGCAUUGGGGAGUUACAACAAGUACAACAACAACUGCUACAAAGACUGCCUGGCCCUGUGCUUCCUGAACAGUGGGACAAGCUUUGUGGCAGGCUUUGCCAUCUUCUCCAUCCUGGGUUUCAUGGCUUAUGAACAGAAUGUCCCCAUCUCAGAGGUAGCAGAGUCUGGUCCUGGCCUGGCCUUCAUUGCAUACCCUCGUGCUGUGGCCAUGAUGCCGUUUUCUUCACUAUGGGCCGUCUUCUUCUUUAUCAUGAUCAUCCUGCUAGGGUUGGACAGUCAAUUUGUGUGUGUAGAGAGCUUGACAACGGCCAUGGUGGACAUGUAUCCCGAGGUGUUUCGUCGUAAGAACCGCAGGGAGCUCUUUCUGGCUUUAGUGGCCUUCAUCUCCUUCCUCAUGGGCCUGGUCAUGUUGAUGGAGGGUGGGUUAUAUGUAUUCCAGCUGAUGGACUACUAUGCUGCUAGUGGCAUGUGUCUUCUCUUCAUGGCCAUCUUUGAGACGGUCUCCAUCGCAUGGGUCUAUGGUGUCGACCGCUUUUAUGAUAACAUCGAAGACAUGAUUGGCUACCGUCCAGGACCUUACAUUAAAUACUGCUGGCUGUAUGUCACCCCAGCCACAUGCGUUGCAACCUUUGCAUUCUCCCUCAUCAAGUACACCCCUCUGAAGUACAACAAUGAGUAUGUGUACCCCUGGUGGGGCUAUGUGAUAGGCUGGCUCCUGGCUCUUGCCUCCAUGCUCUGCAUCCCUUUCUGGAUGAUCUACAAACUGUCCACCACAGAAGGAACGUUCAGAGAGCGCAUUCACAUCCUCCUCCAGCCCUCUAACGACCUACCCAAAUCCAAGAGAGAACAGGAGAGGAUGCUGGCCACCUUUGACCCCAAGGGCGAGGGAGGCAUGGAGCCAGUAGGGGUACCAAUCAAAGAUGGCUACCUCCCAGUGGGGGUGAAGGACUCAAACUGCUAAUAAGACCCCAGUGACACCAUUGGAGUGACGAAUUCAAUUUAGUCAUUUUGGGAAAUGAACUGAAAUUCCAAUUCAAGAUAAAGUGUAUCAGGCAGCCCGAUAAGCAAUGAGAGAAAGGAACAAUUUUGCUCUGUUACACAACCUAAUGUGCUUUCAGGUAAAAAACAAGUCAACUGUUCAAUUACAAAAGCGUCUUUCUCAUUGUUCAAUGGACUCUGAUCUCCACAUGUAUUUUAUUGUUGGUCUAUUGCCAAGUGAUAGAUUGUUGUUAGGCCUACUGUAUUGUAUUCCAUGUAUUAAAGGAAUCAUCUCACAGGGCACAAUGUCAAUUCAACGUCUUCCGCGUUGGUUAAGCGUAAUUGCAAUGACGUUAUGUGGAAACAACAUUGAUUCAACCACUGUGCUCAGUGGGAGAGUAAAGGAAGCUGUACAUUACAAAUGAGAUGAAUAACUGUUGAUGUUAGAAUGUGGAUCAUUGCUAAAUGAAGAUGUGUUGUGUCAUCUUUGUCAAUUUAACAAGAGCUAACAACGGUUGGGCUUAUAGAAAACGUGUACAAUAUUUUAAUGAUUGAUUUUCUGUGUAACAUGACUACAAAAGACUGUACAAAAUAAAUAUGAAUCUGUAUGUUUUUAAAUAAACAAAAUGUGUAG